AUGCCUGCAGCUACCGAAGCGCCGACAGUUGCGCUGUCGUUCGCAAAUAACUUCUGGGGAAAAGACGAUGCCGGCGUAGGUCCAUUGUUGGACCGCAUGCUCGCUGCGAAACAGACAUGCGACGAACUCAGAUCCUUCUACAGCGCUCGCGCAUCUAUUGAAGAAGAUUAUGCGCGCAAGCUCAUGUCCCUGUGCCGAAAGUCCCUUGGCUCUCACGAAAUGGGCACACUCAAGACUUCCUUAGAUACGGUGCGGGGAGAGGUGGAUGCCAUGGCAAAACAACACUCCAGCAUUGCGCAGCAGAUGAAGACAGAACUGGAGGAGCCACUGGCCGCCUUUGCCGGUGGUAUGAAAGAGCGUCGAAAGAUUGUGCAAAACACUGUCGAAAAGCUUCUCAAAACCAAAGUGCAACAAACACAAGCUGUAAACAAGACACGUGAUCGGUUCGAGCAGGAGUGCCUCAAGAUCAAGGGCUACAAGGCACAAGGGCACAUGGUUAUGGGCCAGGAAGAGCGCAAGAACAAGGCCAAGCUUGAAAAGACGCAGAUCAGCCUUGCCACUUCGAAUACAGAGUAUGAAAAUGCAGUCAAGGCUCUGGAAGACACCACAGCAAGGUGGAACCGGGAGUGGAAGGCUGCCGCCGACAAAUUCCAGGACUUGGAGGAAGAGAGACUGGACUUCACCAAGAGUUCCCUUUGGACAUUUGCAAAUAUAGCUUCAACCGUCUGUGUCAGCGAUGACGCAUCAUGCGAGAAGAUCCGACUAUCACUCGAGAAUUUGGAGGUCGAAAAGGAUAUCAUCAACUUCAUCACAGAAAAGGGUACUGGUCAGGAGAUCCCCGAUCCUCCCAAGUACAUCAACUACUGCCGAGGCGAUGUGGACGAUCAUGAAUCAUUAGCAUCCGUGAACGACGACAACUAUUCCGUGGCCCAAUUCCCAAGAAGUAUCAAUCCUGCCUAUCGCACUGUUUCGCCACAGCCCUCAACCUUUGAGUCGCAUCACGAUCCCAACUCAGCACUCGCCCGAGACCUUGGACAUUUUGACCAAAACCCACCCCAGGCGGAGGACAAUACGACGCCGCAGCAACAGCGCCAACGCCACCAGCAGCAGCAACAGUCCUAUGAUGCGGCUGACUUUGCAUCUGUGCCACACGAUCCAUAUCCCAUGGACGGAAUGACCAUGCUCUGCCGUACAGAUAACGGCAUUCCUUCGGGGAUGAACUCGGCUACAAGCUCAAACCUGUCUUCGAACCGUCCGUCAAGCCGUGAUGAAACUAGCGAUUAUUCCAAUCCAGCUUCGUUCACUAGUCAGGAACCACCAAGUGGAAUGACAUCGCCAGUGAAGCAAGACCCGCAAUCAGGACCAGAGUCAACAUCCGACAAGCGUGUACUGAAGAAAAAGAGCGGCUUCUUCCAGAACCAUAGCCCCUUCAGGCGAAAGAGCACAAAGGACGUGCAGGCUUCCAAUCGGAACACCUGGGGUCCUUCAAGCCAAGGUGCAUCUGCAACCGGUUCGGCUUCUCGACGAUCCGCAUAUCAGCCCUCAGAGCAGGGCAUGUUGCCGGAUCGAUCCACUGGCAGUCCAGAACCGAUCGAUGCCAAUGCUAGCCUGGCGUUGAACAUUGGUAACAACGUCUUCCCCGUUGCCAACACCGACAGACGUAACAAGCCUGCCGAUCAGCCGCCACAAGAAGAACAGGAUCCCAUUGCGUUGGCGUUGGCCGAGUUGAGAGAGGUGGGAGGCAAUACAAAACAGUCCUCGGUGCGGGUAUCAGCUGAUCACUGGCACGGUAUUGCCACACCGGUACCUGCGCAGGGUGACGCGCGACCUUUCUCCAAGUCGGUGCCCGCCCCGAGACGCGGUAGUGAUAUCGCUGCUGGUCUUCGUGGCACGCCACCGCCGUCCUAUGACCAGCAAGUCCAGAGACUGGGAGUUCCUGCUCCUGCUUGCACGUCGAAAGCAAUGCAGGCGACAUCACGGAAGUAUGAACAGCAGACUCGCGACAUGUUCAAUCCCAAUCGUCCCGGCUCUGCCGCCAACCGCCCAGGAUCUUCGUAUGCUAGAAGCCAGUCAAGGCCUGGCACUAGAGGUUCUGACCUGCCGCGUGCAACUUCACCAGCACCGCCUCGAACCGCAUCUCCUAGAACUGGCAGUCAAAACGAUAUGCGGCAGAACAACCGUUCCGCAUCUCCCAACCCAUACGGAGGCAGCGUUGGCAGCCAACAUGCGCGAAGCCAAUCUUCAGUGGGCGCAACGCCACGCGGGUCUGAGCAAGGGUACUACGGAUACAACUCGCCUCACGAUAUGGCCAGAUCGGCCUCUCCUGCGCCAUCUAGACUCAACUUCGAAAGGCCCGGCAGCAGUCAGGGAGGACAGAUGGCCGUACAACUCGCUCAACCAGGAGAUGACGCCGCAUACGGGUCACAACGCGGACGUCAUGGCAGGCCAGGAACCAGCCAAGGAGGCCAAAUGGCUUUCUACGAUGGCAGACAAAUGUCAACCUCGCGGCAACGCAGCAAGAGCCUGGCGGAUCCAAGCCGAAUGUAUACCAGAGAUGGAAAGCCCAUCCUCCACCUAGCGCGGGCUUUGUACGUAUAUCAGGCAGCCAUUCCUGAGGAGCUAGGUUUCAGCAAGGGCGAUACCUUGGCUGUGCUUCGGCAUCAGGAUGAUGGUUGGUGGGAGGCUGAAAUUCAUGCCGGUAACGGCGUCGGUAGGAGCGGUUUGGUGCCGAGCAACUACCUCCAGCCGGUUUAA